UAAAUGAAUGCGGCGAGAUGGCUCCGUUCACUUCAGUCUUCAUUGUUCAUUAUGUAGACACAAUAUUUGACUAUAUUUUAAUAUCUGGUUUGGGCGUGAUCAACGAUCAAAACCUGGAUUAGCAAAGUAGGCGUGAAUUCUUAGAACAGCGGUUGAGGCAGAGGAUGUUUAUGCGGCGCUAGGACCCAGGGGACGUGUUCUCGUUCCCACAAGACACAAUGCAAUUUGCAUGCGUUUGUUCUGCAAGGCAAACAUUGGUGUAUGAGUGAAACCUAAACCCCCGGAAGAUCGAGGAACAGACUCUCAGACACGCUUAUUGGUGUAGUAUCACUAUCGUGAUGGGAAGCUUCCAGUCUUUGCCGGAUGACCAUCAAUAUCGAACCCUGUCACUGAAGACAGGCUUUUCACUGGAGCAGAUUGCAAUUCUCCACAAUCGUUUUAAGCAGCUCAGCCAAAAUGAGGAAACAUUACGGAGAGAUGACCUUAAAACAAUUCAAGAUCUGGAAAGCAACCCAAUUCGGUACCAGAUUAUAGAAGCUUUCUUCGAUAGAAGGAACUUCCAGAAAGAUGGUGUGGGAUCUGUGGAAGAAAUUGGUUUUGAGGAAUUCCUUACCGUCAUGUCGUACUUCAGAGCACCAGCCCAUCAUAUCACAGAGGAACAGAGAGAAGAAAUAAGAAGAGCCAAACUGCGCUUCCUGUUCAACAUGCAUGACACAGACAAUGAUGGAACCAUAACACUGGAGGAAUACAGACAUGUUGUAGAGGAGUUGUUGUCCCGUAGUGGAGCUCUUGGAAGAGAGACAGCUAAGGGCAUUGCAGAUGCAGCAAUGCUGGAGGUUGCCAGUAUCUCAGUAGGUCCCAUGGCACCCGAUGAGUUCUAUGAAGGAAUAACAUUUGAGCAUUUUUUGAAGAUUCUUAAAGGAAUUGAAAUUGAGACGAGAAUGCACAUUCGCUUCUUAAACAUGGACACAGCUGUUUUUUGCAAGCAGCAUUCUGUCUAGGUACUGCCUGUAAUGUAUAUUUUCCGGUAAAAUAAGCACUUUAUUAGAUGAGGCUGGUUUAGAAUAGUUUGGUUAGAUCUCUAGUUCUAUGAACUAUUUGUAGGAUGUGGAGAGUGUGUAUUUUACAAAGGUUGAAAAGCAAUAAGAAAAGUGUGUAUUGAUAUUUGAAACUCCAUGCUUUGCAUGCACAUAUUACAUAAUUAUGGUACAAUAAAAAUAAAACUAUGCAGGCAUGUUAA